ACCAUGUGGCAGCGGGUCAAGACAGGAUCGAAGAAGGGAUUCGAUUCCGGAUGGAGAGCCUUGGACAAACUAGGAGCGCCGGUGAACAAGCUGAGCAAUAAGCUGGGUAGUGAGGCUUUCUGGCCGACGACUUUGGACAAGGAGAGCGACAAAGCGGCUAGGAUUCUCAAGAGCUUUUGCAAGGAUGGAUUCUAUACCGAAGAAGAAGUACAACCAGUGGACGGUCCGAAGCAAAAGCAGAGGGUCGUCAAGAAGAUCCCGGAGGAGGUCAUACGCAAUUGCAAGGGCCUCGCAAUCUUCACAACGAUGAGAACGGGCCUCUGGAUUUCUGGUGCAGGUGGCAGUGGAGUCCUUGUUGCCAGAAAGGAAGACGGGAGUUGGUCUCCGCCGUCAGGAAUAAUGCUCCACACAGCUGGACUGGGUUUCCUGGUUGGCGUCGACAUAUAUGACUGCGUAUUAGUGCUGAACACAGUUGAAGCAUUAGAGGCGUUCAGCAAGGUGCGAUGUACGCUCGGCGGUGAGGUCAGCGUUGUAGCGGGACCGGUGGGGAUCGGCGGAGUACUGGAGACCGAGGUACACAAGCGUCAAGCGCCUGUUUUCACGUACAUGAAGUCUCGUGGCUUCUACGCGGGAGUCCAGAUCGAUGGCACUAUUGUCAUUGAGCGGUGCGACGAGAAUGAGCGGUUCUACGGACAAGAACUUCCAGUCAAAGAGAUCCUCGCAGGAAAUGUUCGGCACCCACCCUACGAAGUCAGAAGGUUAAUGGAAACGAUCAAGUCGGCGCAGGGCGAUACAGAUUACGACAAAUCCAUGAUUCCCAAUGAGGCGCCUCCGGCCGAUUACGAAAUUGAAGACCCCAACGUCUUCGGUGUCCCUGAUAGAGACGACCCUGACCCAUAUGGAGUGCUUGCUCUGGAACGUGAGGGUAUGAGUCUACGAGAAAGUGGCACACAGAAACGUGCGAGCUGGGAGCAAUUCUCUUUCCAACCGAGCCCAUCCAGUCCGAUACAUAGCCUGUUCGCGCGGAAUAGCCAGGAUGGGCGCUCGUCUCGGCCGGUUAGCACCACACGGAGCAGCUGGCGUGCCAGC